GUAGAGCACGAAGGCGCCCUUUGCAGUUCCUGCAUGUCAACAAGGAGGAGGGGGGAAGGCGCUGCUUCAUUUGUGACAUCCAGUGAAUAGAUAUACUAGCACGCGCGUUUUGUGUUACAGUACGCCUGGCUCUCAUUUUCUAUUCAGCGGCCGUUGACGUAAAUGUACAUCGACAUGGCUCCGUUCAGAUUAUUAACAGCAAGCGUCAGCCUGCUGGCGAAGUCCUUCAGCGUCUUGUCCUGCACAAACACUCUGGCAAGGUUUACCAGUGUCCUCCCUGCGGCAUACGUCGGAACAGUGAAAUGUCUGACGUCUCAGGCUAGUGGCCCGCCGAAAAGGCCUCUGAAUGGAUACAUGAGAUACGUCCAGCAACAGCAGCCAGUCAUUAACAGACACAACCCAGAAAUAAAGUCGGUGGAUAUCAUCAGGAAGAUAGCCCAGCAGUGGAGAAUGCUGAGCCCAGAAGAGAAACAGCCGUUUGAGGAGGCUUCUCUGCGGGCCAGGGAGCAGUUUAGGGAUGACAUCCAGCGCUACCAGGCCCAGCUGACUCCAGCACAGGUCCAGCAACAAUCACUGGAGAAGAGGCAGAGGAUGGCCAAGAGGAAGGCCAUCCGCAAGAAGAGAGAGUUAAACAACCUGGGGAAGCCUAAACGUCCUCGCGCUCCAUUCAACAUCUUCAUGUCAGAGCACUUUGAGGAGGCCAAAGGAAGUUCUUCACCGGCAAAGAUGAAGUCACUGUUGGAAGACUGGAGGAAUAUGUUCAGCAACCAGAAACAGGUCUACACACAGCUGGCUGAAGAUGACAAAAUUCGCUAUAAGAAUGAGAUGAAAUCGUGGGAGGACCAUAUGGUGGAGAUUGGACGAGAAGACCUGAUUCGAGAGCAGACCCUGUCUAGCAAGAAAAAAGCUGCUGCUCAAACUGCAACAGCCAAGAAAGGAUCAAGGAACCCUAACAUGAAGAAGACCACUGCCGAAGGACAGUCAAAAGCAACCAGUAGUUCAAUGAACAGUAGUUUAGCAAAAACUGUCAGGACAACCAAGAAGACAUAAAAUGUGUGUAUCUACUGAGUCCAGAGGGAAAAAGUGUCCAUGACAACCGAAAAAGAUGAGAUGUGAUGACCCAGGACCUGUGCCCUGCUUAUUGUUUUUUCCCCCUCAAAUUUGAAAUUCAUAGCAGUUGUCAUUAAUGCUGCCUAGGUCCAACAGGGAAAACUUUUCACAACAUUCAUACAGAUUAGGAUAAUACACAAUGUCUAAAUGCCAUGUCAGUUCAAAUGACAACCAGAAGCUGUUUUUUCCAGGCACAAUGUGAGCUUAUUCUCAACCACUCCACAAAUUCACAUCUGGCUUUGUGUUUGAAUGAUGUAGAGUGGGACUGUUCCUGAUUUAAAACGUGAGUUACCCAAUGAAUUGUUGAUUUUAAAAGCUUAGACAUUUGAGUGAGGUGUUACGGUGAAUAUCGGAGGCGCAGAUACAGUGUUCCAUCUGCAGUGUUUCCAUAGCCCUGAUUGUAAUCAAUGUAAACCUAAUGGAAAUAGUAUAGUUAUUGUUGCGGUCUCAAAAACAACCACUCUGUGCUGUUUUUUGGUAUGGCAUGCAGAGUGACUAUUAAAGUAUAUAUCUGUGACCAUGAAAAGUCAAAAAUAGGGUGCAAGUCUGCCAAUAUUUCCUCACUUCUCUGCUGUCUGUCUGCCCAUUCGUACCCACUGAAGAAAAUGCCAAAAAAAACAACAACUCACAAAUAUAUAGUUUAAUUUAUGAAAAGGUUUGAGUAAAUUUCCUUUGACAGCUGGUUGCUGUAGUUUUAACAAUGACUUGAUGCAUUUGUUGGGGACUAGACUCAACGACAGAAUAAUCCACCUUUGGUUCUCUGUAUUUGUGGCAGCAGGACAGUGGGUCUGAAUAAACAACUGUGCGAGUUCAUGGUGAUGAAGGAACAUGUCAACCAGUGCAACACUGACUCGCUAAUGUGUUUAAAUACUGUUUGGAAAUGACAUGAAGUGUUGAGAGAUGGACACACAUUGAUGCUUUAAGGAUUUGUUCACGAUAAGAAAGCCUUAACCAUGUUACCUGCGGAACUUUGCACUGUGCAGAAAGUUGUGAACUUGUGCCAUUGGCUGCAAAUUUACAGACGGCAACUUAGUGUUCACACAGUAGCUCGGUUCCCAUUAAUGCAACCUGACUGAAAAUUAUUUUUUGUCAUCUCUAUUAUUAGUGUAGCAUAAGCUUGUACAUUGGCACUCUCAAACUGAAAAUGUGUUGUUGUUUUAUGUCAUAAAGGGCACAUCUAACAUUAAGACUGACAUUUUGUUUUUUAAACACAAGUUCCAAAUUUUGCAAUGUUCCUUACAAGCUGUAUGUGAGAUCAUUGUUCUGUUAACAGCUGUAAUUUGUAAUAAAAAAAAUUCAAAGCA